AGGCAGGAUCUCUCGGCUCUGCUCUGAGCGAAUGAAUUGAUUUGAUCCUUGAGAGGACCCAUCUAAUCAAACAGGGCCAGGGCAGCUCAAGCGCCUCCCUUCCAGUUCCAAUCCCCUUCCGCCUGGAAAUCUCCUUUCAGCACGAUUAGUGCUGCACCCAGAUUCUCGGCAGCUGCCCGCAGGGAACCGUCAAAAUUUCUCUCAUCGAGGAUCUUGAGGCUUUGGAGGAAGACGACAUGGGUGCCGGAGCCAGUGCCGAAGACAAAAAGUCCAAGGAGUUAGAAAAGCAACUCCAGGAAGAUGCUGAUAAGGAUUCUAAAACCGUCAAGCUAUUACUGCUUGGUGCUGGUGAGUCAGGGAAAAGCACGAUCGUCAAACAGAUGAAGAUUCUGCAUCAAGGAGGUUACACAAAAGAGGAACAGAUGGAGUUUAGAGCGAUCAUCUACGGCAACAUCCUGCAGUCUGCUCUGGCUAUCAUCAGAGGCAUGGAGAUGCUGGGCAUUGACUUUGGCUCACCAUCUUCACAGGAGGACUCACAGAAGCUCCAGAACUUGUCAGACUCCAUUGAAGAGGGCACGAUGCCUGCUGAGCUGGCCGAAGUCAUCCAGAAGCUGUGGAAAGACUCCGGCGUACAGGCCGGCUUCGAAAGAGCUGCUGAGUACCAACUGAACGACUCUGCUGGAUACUACCUCAACGAAUUGGACCGAAUCUGCAAGCCGGACUACCUCCCUACUGAGCAGGACGUGCUGCGAUCUCGAGUCAAAACUACUGGUAUCAUUGAAGAACAGUUCUCCUGCAAAGAGUUGCACUUCAGGAUGUUCGAUGUGGGCGGCCAGCGGUCAGAGAGAAAGAAGUGGAUCCAUUGUUUCGAGGGUGUGACCUGCAUCAUCUUCUGCGGAGCUCUUAGCGCUUACGACAUGGUGCUCGUAGAGGACGACGAAGUGAACCGCAUGCACGAGUCCCUCCAUCUAUUCAACAGCAUCUGCAACCACAGGUUCUUUGCACUGACCUCCAUCGUGCUUUUCCUCAACAAGAAGGAUCUCUUCGAAGAGAAGAUCAAGAAAGUCCAUCUGAGCAUCUGCUUCCCCGACUACGACGGCCCCAACACGUACGAUGAUGCCAGCAACUACAUCAAGACGCAGUUCCUGGAGCUGAACAUGAAGAAGGGUGUGAAAGAAAUCUACUCCCACUUGACCUGUGCCACGGACACAAAGAACGUCGAGAUUGUGUUCAACGCUGUGACAGACAUCAUCAUCAAAGAAAACCUUAAAGACUGCGGUCUUUUCUAAGCAGCUCCAGAGUGAAAAGAGGACUUCCUUUCCUACCUUAACCCUUCACACAUUGGCAUUAAGUAAGAAGUGUACUGACGGAGCGCCGAGGAUCCUCAGAGUGUGUUUCAUGCCAUCGCUUCCAUGCCAAGUCCUGGUCCUUGACUGCUCCCAGCACCUCUCCACCUCCAACAGUACAUCGCCCGCGACACAGUGCACUUCCAGCCGGAUUGAAACAGCGAUCGAAUCACCGUAUCAACAUCUUGGACGUCGUACAGCUUUCUACAGGAUUCUUCAGUUUUUCUAAAGUACAGUAUUUGUCUGAGCUGCUGGUUUGAAGAUAUGAAGUACAGAAUAGUUGCUCUUUCUAUCCUCAUUGCUUUCUGUUGACUGCUGUGUUGUGAGUUAUAUUUACUAUUAAAGCCAAGCUCUGUAAAACAAAUUUAAAACAUAAAUCUGGGGGGAAAAUAUAUUAUUUUGAAUAGCAACAUCUCAACCUUGUUUUUGUUUUUGAGUACCGUAGUUCUCUGUGGUCUUGAUAUUUAAACUGUAUAAAGUUGCUGAGCAAAUAUCUCAGAUAUUCCCAGUGCUUGCAGUGUAUCCAGAUUACAACCCAAAUUGUACAUGUAUCUAAUCUAAAUAGUGUUAAUGUAUUCACGUCACCUAACAUUUUAAUGUGAUGGAUGUCAAACAUGGUAGAGAAACUUUGUACAUAAGAGUAGAUAAUUCAUUAUAUUUUGAAAGAU